CUGGGUGAGUGGCGGUCAGGGUCCCGGAGGCCCCAGGGAACUACCCCGGAAGCAGAAGGGCGACUCGCGUGGGACCCCUCUGGCCCAUCAUUUUUUUCCUGCCCAGACUUCCUUGCAGGCUCAGCGCCCGCUUAGUACUGUUCACCUCUCCGCCGCGCUGAGGAACCCGGCAAGAGCCUGAGCUAACUUUUCUAAAUCAUGGAAAAACAAAAUGGGCAAAUGAGGGCUCCUUAUCCAGGAACAAAUUUACCACCUGGACAUCCCCCUGAAUAUCCUUCAGCAGCAUUCCAAGGGCCUCCUGGUUACCCUGGCCCCAAGGCUGGCUACCCUGGCCCCCAGGCUGGCUACUCAAUUCCACCAGCUGGUUAUUCAGGUGCUGGCCAGGUAGGCUUUCCUGUCCAACACCAGCCAGUGUACAGUCAGCCAGGUGGACCUGCAGGGGUACCAUGGAUGCCAGCACCACCACCUCCAAUAGAUUGUCCACCUGGAUUGGAAUAUUUAAGUCAGAUAGAUCAGAUACUGAUUCAUCAGCAAGUUGAGCUUCUGGAAGUCUUAACAGGUUUUGAAACUAAUAACAAAUAUGAAAUUAAGAACAGCUUUGGACAGAGGAUUUACUUUGCAGCAGAGGAUACGGAUUUCUGCACCCGAAAUUGCUGUGGGGCUUCUAGGCCAUUUACCAUGAGAAUUCUUGAUAAUAUGGGCCAAGAGGUUAUAACUCUGGAGAGACCACUAAAGUGUGACAGCUGUUGUUUCCCUUGCUGCCUUCAGGAGAUAGCAAUCCAUGCUCCUCCUGGUGUACCUAUAGGUUAUGUUAUUCAGAACUGGCAUCUGUGCCUGCCCAGGUUUACAAUUCAAAAUGAGAGGAGAGAGGAUGUACUAAAAAUUACUGGUCCAUGUGUUCUAUGCAGCUGUUGUGCAGAUGUUGAUUUUGAGAUUAAAUCUCUUGAUGAAGAAAAUGUGGUUGGCAAGAUUUCCAAGCAGUGGACUGGUCUCGUGAGAGAGGCAUUUACAGAUGCUGAUAACUUUGGUAUCCAGUUCCCUUUAGACCUUGAUGUGAAAAUGAAAGCUGUGAUGCUCGGUGCAUGUUUCCUUAUUGACUUCAUGUUUUUUGAAAGGAAUGGAAACAACGAAUAAAAAGGAGCAUGGUAAUGUGAAUUAAUGAAAGUCUCCUCAGAAAGUUUGAAGUCUGUGAAUUGAUUGGGACUAUGUAAAAAAAAAAGCUGUUUUUUUUUUCUUUGUUGAAAUAACUAAUAGCAUAUGUGAAUUAUACUGUGAUACCUGAAGUUCCUGUUAUAUAUGACUUGGAAUUAUGAGUUUAUUUUCUAUAUCACUUACUUAUAAAUGUUCUU